GGCUUGUUUAGCCGGUUUAGUUUCGGUUAGUCAGUAAAGGUGGUUUUGGAGCAGCUCGCUGAAGGAAAACUGGAAAUACGGCUGUCCGUUGGCCGAGUUUGUAAUCGUUAGGUCUGUGGAGUACUUGGAAUCAGAAGCCCUAUUUUAAGGAGUAACCUCCAGUAACAUCCAGCUUUACAUGUUAUCAGGGGAAAGACAUACACCCAUGUGAUUGAUGGCUGCUUGACCUGUUGAAAUGCACAAAAUUUUGUUCAAUGCCUAAUGUUAUUCCAAGCAAAUCUUCUCCUCCACCUGUGAGUGGAAUUGUAGAAGACCCCCAGUGCCCUAACCAAGAAACCCCUGACCAGACUGUGCUCCCACAGCAGAACCUGUUGGCCAAUGCAAAUGUGGAGGUGAAAGAACGACCACUAGUAUUCCCUACAGAGAACCCUAAUAUAUAUGAAGGGAACACCUCAAGGGAUGAUGGCCAUGAAUGUGGACAUGACAAAAGCAGAGAAGAAGUCAUCAAAGAGAUAGCGAUCAGCAGUGUUGCUUUCAUUGGUCCAGCAUGUCGACCAGUGACAGCAAUAGAGGAGGAACUGAGUGAGUUCUACAAAGAGCUUGAGGAGAUUAACCACCAAGACAGAGUUGAUGGUGAUACAGGAGUUAAUGAGGAUGUCUCACAGUCUUGUGAGCCAACACCCAACCCAUCUCCCAGAAAAGAGGCUUGGGGAACUGAUCAUACGAAAGCCUAUAGGCCUUAUCCACCGAUUCGGCCUCAAAGGGACUAUGGAAACAAUAGGAAAUGGGGGCCUCAGUCACACAGUGAUGCGCCUUGGGAAUUUUCAGACUCAUACAACAACCAAGGUCAGUGGCAGCAUCCCCCAUUUAGGCUUCCACAUGGACCACCAAGGAUCCAAUUUCAUGGCCCACAGCAUUUUUUUCCUCCGCCACCACCUGGGAAUCCCCUGCAACGUCCAUAUUUCCAGCCUCAGUUAAAUGACUACAGUCAUGCUGAGAGAAGCAACUGGUCCUCUUGCCAAGGACCCUAUUUCCCGCUUGGUUAUGACAUGGGACUUUCUUCACCUUACUGCUCUGGGUCAUUUCAACAGCAAGAAAGAAGCUCAAAUGAUUGGCAGCAUUAUGGGGAGCAGAAUUAUCAGGAGCAAGACCAGCACCAGCAUAAAAACGGCACACCUUUGGUUUUGAUACUGAUGAGGGGACUUCCAGGCUCUGGGAAAUCAACUCUGGCAAAGGGAAUAUUGUCCAGUGGCCCAAAUGGGCUAAUAUUGAGUACAGAUGACUACUUCUUCCAAGAGGACGGCUACUUCUUUGACCCCACCCUGCUUGGGGAUGCACAUGACUGGAAUCAGAAGAGAGCUACAGAUGCUAUGCUGAGGGGUCGUUCACCUGUUAUUAUUGACAACACAAAUGUUCAGGCUUGGGAAAUGAAGCCCUAUGUCGCAUCGGCUUUGGAGUGUGGAUAUAGAGUGGAGUUUGUUGAGCCUGACACCAGUUGGAAAUGUGAUCCUGCUGAGUUAGAAAAGAGGAAUAAGCAUGGGGUCCCACGGGAGACAAUAGCGAAAAUGCUGGAUCGAUUUGAGCUCCCUAUCAGCGUGGACAUUGUGAUGAAUUCCUUUGAGCCUCCCCAUAAAAGCAAAGAACGUCUUUCCAAACCACGCGGACAGAGAAGAUUUGAAGACAUGUAGCUCUUUCACUAUUUGAAGAUUGAACAUACUAUUUUUUUAUUUGCUGAUAGUUUGUAAACACUUUUAACAAGUUUUUUAAUGCUUUGUAAUAAUAUUUAUAAUUACAUUUUGAACUGUUCAGUGUGUGGUCAUGUGAAUGUUUUUAAACUUUUAUUAAUUAUUUGUUUAAAGAAAUUUUAUAUUAACUGUGCUCAGAUCUCUACUUUGUUUGCAUUCGUAAAGCAUUGGGCCUGUGCCCUCCUGUCAUUGCUGUCUAAAUCUUCAACAAAUGAAUUCACUGUCAUUAAAGUAAUUAAUGAUGA